ACGCUGGUGCCUACAAUAUCAACAUCAAAACGCUUCACCCUGGCUCGGCGCAGUCCAGAUUGGAAGGGACCCUCUCCAUCUUGUCUGAUAACCCUCCCCUCUCCACUUUCCUCCGUGUGAUUGAUCCCGUAGCGGGUUGGUUGAUUGCCGAGCCAAGGGCGCUUAACAUCAUCAUCCAGCUCUCUCAUUGACGAACCGAACCGACUCACAGUACUAGUCCCAUCGCUAAAAAUGGCACGGUUCCAGAUCGUCUCGGAUCUGCAUUUAGAAAAGCCCAAGGCAUACGACUUGUUCGAGAUCCCCGCAAAAGCACCCUACCUAGCACUGCUCGGCGAUAUCGGCAACGUCACGGACGAUGGGUUCCUCCCGUUCAUCGAAGCCCAGCUGCGAAAGUUCCAGAUUGUCUUCCUCGUGCUGGGAAACCACGAACCCUUCCAUUCCAGCUGGUUGGACGUGAGAGACAAACUGGGCAAGUUCUCUCACGAUAUUAGCCUCAGACAAGCCCAGCCCCAGCCCGGAUCCCCGAACAACAAACUCGGGGAAUUCGUCCUUCUCGACCAGACUCGCUACCAGCUGACGCCAGACGUGACCGUCCUCGGAUGCACCCUGCACUCCCAGGUCAGCGAGGCGCCGGAGGAACGCGAACAGGUCAGUUUCGGGAUAAACGACUUCUACUACAUCCAGGACUGGACGGUGGAGGGACACUGUGCAGCCCAUGAAGCCGACCGGGCCUGGCUCAACGACCAAGUCACCGAAAUCGCCAGGACCGAUCCGCACCACAAGAUCGUGAUCUUCACGCACCACAGUCCGACCGUUGCACCUCCUGCGGUAGAUCCCGCGCACGUCAACAGUCUGAUCUCGUCCGGGUUCGCGACCGAUCUUGUGGGCGAACCGUGUUGGGACAAACCGCAGGUGCGGCUGUGGGCAUUCGGACAUACGCACUACAACUGCGAUUUUACGGAGAGUAGGACGGGGAAGCGCAUCGUGGCAAACCAACGAGGGUACUAUUUCGCUCAGGCGAGCGCCUUCGACCCGGAAAAGUCUUUGGGUUUUGCCUUCAUUCCCUUCGAUUCUGACGCUUUUGUUCCCCCAACCCCCAUAAUGGCAUCCAUCACCCGCGCGUUGCGGCCCUUGUCGCGCUCUGCCCGCCUGAUCGCAAGACCACAAGCACUGCACAGAGUAGCAGCAGCCCCGAGCAUUCAUGCGUUCUCCACCACGUCCCGCCGGCGGGACGUCGACCUCUCCGGGCUGACGCCCACCCCGAUCACCUUCCUCUCAGAGACAGAGUCCCUGAUGUCCGAGUCGGUAUCGAAGUUCGCGACGGAACAGAUCGCGCCCAAAGUGCGGGACAUGGAUGAGGCGGAGACGAUGGACCCGACGGUGGUGGAGCAGCUAUUCGAGCAAGGGCUGAUGAGCAUCGAGAUCCCGGAGGAUUUCGGCGGGGCGGGGAUGAACUUCACCGCGGCGAUCGUGGCGAUCGAGGAGCUGGCGCGCGUGGACCCCAGCGUCAGUGUUCUCGUCGACGUGCAUAAUACCCUGGUCAACACGGCGAUCAUGAAGUACGGCGACGGGCAGCUGAAGCGCACGUGGCUGCCCAAGCUGGCCACAGGCACGGUCGGCUCGUUCUGUCUAUCGGAGCCGGCGUCCGGGUCAGAUGCGUUUGCUUUGCAGACCAAGGCGGAGAAGACUGGCGAUGGAUACAAGAUCAAUGGGUCGAAGAUGUGGAUCACUAACUCCAUGGAGGCCGGCGUGUUCAUUGUCUUUGCCAACUUGGACCCCAGUAAGGGGUAUCGGGGUAUCACGGCGUUUAUUGUUGAGAAGGAUACCCCCGGUCUUUCUAUCGCGAAGAAGGAGAAGAAGCUGGGCAUCCGUGCCAGCAGCACCUGCGUGCUCAACUUCGACGACGUGCUGAUCCCUAAGGGUAACUUGCUGGGCGAAGAAGGUCAAGGAUACAAGUACGCCAUCAGCGUCCUCAAUGAGGGCCGAAUCGGUAUCGCUGCUCAAAUGACCGGUCUGGCAUUGGGAGCUUGGGAGAACGCUGCUCACUACGUCUGGAACGACCGCCGGCAAUUCGGCCAACUAAUCGGCGAGUUCCAAGGCAUGCAGCACCAGCUGGCGCAAGCCUACACGGAGAUCGCAGCCGCGCGCGCGCUGGUCUACAACGCGGCGCGCAAGAAGGAAGCCGGGCAGGAUUUCGUGCAGGACGCCGCGAUGGCGAAGCUGUAUGCGUCGCAGGUGGCCGGCCGGGUGUCCGGGUCGGCCGUGGAAUGGAUGGGCGGCAUGGGUUUCGUGCGCGAGGGCAUCGCCGAGAAGAUGUUCCGCGAUAGCAAGAUCGGGGCCAUCUACGAGGGAACCAGUAACAUCCAGCUGCAGACUAUUGCGAAGUUGUUGCAGAAGCAGUACACGAGGUAAAGGGAUAUCUAACGUGUGGUUCUUUCAUAUACAGUUUUCAGUAAAUUUAUUCCCACCCACCAUCCCGAAUCUACACACCCCAAUACAAGGGCUUUUCUCUGCAGUAAGUCGCUUUACUACAGCGGCUUUACUCUCUCUGUAUACCUGUCCGGUUGUUUUCUACGUGGCUGGUCCGAGGCGCCUUCGGGCAUCGAAAGGCCGUGAGUGAUAUUCUACAAGCGCUAGGGAGUAUACUAUACACAUCAUAAGACGAUCUGCCGUAUGGCGGGCACCUUCCGGACAACCGCGUGACGCGU